AUGACGCUCGAGGCGGCCGCGGCGCGACUCGCAGCGCGACUCGCCGAGGGACUGGGGGGUCGAACGGCGAGAAAGCCCGCGGUGCCGGCGUCGGCGCUCGCUCGCCUCGCACUAGAUAUCGUUCUCGUUGAGGGCCGCAUUCGGACAGCGACGCUGAUCGAUGCAUUUGCACCGUCUGGGCGCGACUGCAGCGAAAUUGCAAAAGCACUCAAGGACUGCCAGUGCACCGAGCUCGUGCUCAUUGUAUUUGCACCGGCCGACCAGGUGUUUGUAGUGAACAGGUCGUGCAUGCUCCAGGCGCCAGACACGUCCGAUCCUGUCUAUGUGUGCGUGAACCCCGCGGUGCCUAUCGACGAAAUCCUGUCGCAUAUCCAAGGCGCGUGCCGCGACAGAGGGCCGGCCUACCUCUUGACCUCUUCUGCCCCCGGCGCGGCCAAGCGGUGCAUGGUCCCUGCCUGUGGAUGGCUCCUGGGCUACCCCGUGAUCUAUGCACUGCGCGAGGAGCAUGCCGCGAUCGCUUCCUGUCCUUUGCCACGCUCUUUUGCCACAGACGACGACUGGGAAGAGCUCGCUACCAGCCUCACAGACUACAUAUGGAUCGCGUAG